CUGUUCUCGAGCGUGUUAUUCAACAGUUAUAACAUUUAUUUCUGACCAAUGACGGGUUUGUGAUACUAUAAGCGGGAUCCUCUGGAUUAUCUUUUUAAAGUUUGAUCAACCAUGUUGAUGUGUAGACGGUGGUUGGUGUGCUCGCUGAGAUGUCAUUACAGGAGCUUCAGUUUCUCAGCCGCUCGCAGGACUGUAAUGCCCGCAUGGGUCAUUGAUAAAUACGGGAAAAACGAUGUGUUGAGGUUCACCAAGAACGCGGCGCUUCCGAUCAUCCACUAUCCUAAUGAAGUGGUGGUAAAGGUGCACGCUGCGGGUCUCAACCCAAUUGACAUCAGUAUGAGGGGUGGCUAUGGAGCAGCUACUAUGGCCAUGAAGCGUGACCCACUGAACAUCAGCCAAUCAGGUGGUGAAUUUCCUCUCAUUCUGGGUCGAGAUGUAUCCGGAGAGAUCAUGGAAUGUGGGCUGGAUGUGAAGUACUUUAAACCAGGAGAUCAGGUGUGGGCCGCUAUUCCUCCAUGGAAGCAGGGCAGUCUGGCAGAGUUUGUAGUGGUCAGUGGCAAUGAGGUUUCACAUAAGCCUAAAUCACUGAGGCAUGAUGAAGCCGCAUCCAUCCCGUAUGUGGCUGCAACAGCCUGGUCUGCCAUCGUCAACACCGGUGGCCUCAACAAAGAUAACUCUGUAAAAAAACGUGUUCUUAUUCUGGGAGGAUCAGGAGGAGUGGGAACUUUUGCAAUACAGAUGGUAAAGGCCUGGGGUGCACAUGUGACUGUAACAUGUUCCCAGAAUGCUGAGCGGCUGGUGAGAGACCUAGGUGCUGAUGAUGUCGUGGACUACACUGCUGGGCCAGUUGAAAAGCAGCUAAAGAAUUUUGAAAAGUUCGAUUUGAUUUUAGACAGCAUUGGGGGUGAAACUGAAAAAUGGGCCCUAGAUCUCCUGAAACCCUGGAGUGGUGCUAAAUUUGUGACCCUGAUAACACCUUUCCUGCAAAACACAGACCGACUGGGCCUUGCGGAUGGAAUGAUGCAGUCUGCAGUCACUGUAGGAUGCAAAGUGGUGAAGAACCUCAGGAAAGGAGUGCAUUAUCGCUGGGGUUUCUUUGCUCCAAGCGGCUCUGCGCUGGACGAGGUUAGCGAAAUGGUUGACGCUGGAAAGGUCCGUCCAGUAGUGGAGGAAGUGUUUUCAUUUGCUCAGGUGCCAGAAGCCUUUCAGAAAGUAGAGCAGGGUCAUGCUCGAGGAAAAACUGUCGUCUCUAUCAUGGAGGACCAGAAAGAGUAACUAUUGCAGUCAAGAGAAUACUGUUAAACAUGGACAAUGGGAUAUGCGAUUUUUUUUUCCAGUCUGUUGAAUUAAAUGCAUUUCUGUAAUGGCAA